AUGGGCCGCUUUUCCUUCCGCAGCUGGAAGGCAUGCGCAGGGCUUCUCCUUGCUGCAUGCGCCGCUGGCAGCCAGGUAGAGUUGGAGCCCACUGACGAGGAGAUCAUGGCUCUCUUUCAUCCUCCUACAGCCUUGGCCAUGGGCAGGCUGGCCGCCCUCUCGUACUGCGGGAACGAGCUGGAACCUGCGAAAGUGGAGCAGUGUCCUACUUGUGAGAGAGCAGGCUUUGAGGUUGUGAAGGGCUCUGUGAAGAAGCUCUUUGUAAAGUUCUGGGGAAAUCCUCAGGCAAACUUCUUCAUACUGGGGCGGUUUCAGCGCAUUAGCGACGAAGCGAAGGACGUUCCUUCCAAAGGAUGCUUCGUGGUUACUCGUGGGAGCUCAAACAAGGCAAACUGGGUGGCGAACGUGCAGCAAGCACUGGUCAAUCCCAGGUGGUCGCAGUGCCCCAGGUGUCGGGUGCACAAAGGUUUCCAUGACAUCUACAAGCGGGCGCUGCCUAACAUCCGGAGAUACCUGGCUGACAAUGGCUGCCGUCGCCAGGGCGAUCCCGUCUGGGUCACGGGACACUCGAUGGGGGGUGCAGUUUCAUCCAUUAUGAUUGCUGGCCUCACGGGCUUCGGCUACAAUGUUGCGCUCUCCUAUGUGCUGGAGCCACCGAUGACGGGCAAUAAAGCCUACCGUCAGUACUUUGUGGACGUCGUGGCGCGCAGCCACCCGCCUGUUCCUGUAAUCCGGCUUACCAAUGGCCAAGACACGGCACCCAGCUUUCCGUUCAAAGGUCGUUACGAGCCGUUGCCAUACGAAUUCUUCUCCGACCCGGUGUGGGGAACACAUCGGAUCUGCAGAAACUCUUCCAAGGAGUGCGCGGAAGGUGUUGACCGCACGCAGACCUGGGCCAGCAAGUCGCUGUUCGUGGACCACGUCGUCUUGUGGUGCCCCCUGCUUUGA